GCCAAGUCUUACAAUCAACAUGUUCGCUAAGGUCCUUAUCUUCUGCGCUGCCCUCGCAGCUGCUCACGGAUCAGCCCUCUUUGCAGCACCCCUCGUCAAUACUGGAGUCAGCGUGGAAUCCCGACAACAAGAUUCUUUGGGCAACUAUGCGUACGCCUAUGACAUCAAGGAUGGAUUAAGUGGUUCUGUUAACUCCAAGGCUGAAGUAGGAAGAGCAGUUGCUGUCACCGCUCCAGUAGUUGCCGCUCCCUUGGCUUAUGCUGCCCCUGCAAUCGCCGCUCCUUUGACCUACGCGGCCCAUGCAGUUGCCGCUCCAGUAGCUUACGGAGGUGUUCUCGGACAUGCUGGUGUACUUGGUCUUCGAUACGGAGUCGGUCUCGGACACGGAGCUCCCCUCGGACUGGGCUAUGGAGCAGGCAUCUUGGCUGCUGGACACGGCAAAGUUCUGCUUUAAAAAGUCGCUGUUAGAAGUAAAUGAACUCUGUCUGCCAGGAUGAAAUUGUAAAUGUGUUAUUUAUUUUGAA